AUGUACUAUGAUUCCAUUGAAAUAACCUAUGUAAAUCCCCAACAUUUCUUGGAGCCACGGUUUACAGUGUUUCCUGGACUAUAUGAGCAGAUUUUUCUUUUAGGUAAAGCCGCCUAUGUUUGUGAUCCGGUUCAGUCUAGAAACUUUAUCUUUGUACCAUACGGCUCAGAGAAAAAAUUGAUCGUCUACAGCCUACUUACAAUCCCUACCCCCUCUUGUUUUAUACUUUUACUUACCCUACCCUACCCUACCCUACCCUACCCUACCCUACCCUACCCUACCCUACCCUACCCUACCUUACCCUACCCUACCCUACCCUACCCUACCCUACCCUACCCCACCCUACCCUACCCUACCCUACCCUACCUUACCCGGCCAGUCCUUAGCCUACUUUAUCGUACCUUAUCUGCCUUAUCUUAUUCUACUACCUCAUCGUGUCCUACUUUACCCCGGUCUACUCCUACCCUAGCCUGCCCUAACCUGAUCUACUUUAUCCUACCACCUUUUUCAAUACUGUACCCUAUCCUACUCGCCCAUCCUUUCCAAGAAACUCAACCCUAAGACAACGUACUCGUUUAGUACUACUAGCAUUUAAAAAUGAAAUUUUACACUUUUAAAACCAAAUUUAAUUUGAAACAUUUUGAGUUCAAGCUCCAAAAACCACCCCUUAAAUUGACAUAUAUUUGUUGUAAAAAUAAGGCGGUUUUGCUGAAGCAGCCGGCUUCCUCUUUAUGCGUACCCUGAGGCAUGGAUUAUAUUACGGGUAAUAAAAAACCUAUGAAAAUACUUUAUUGCCGCUUCUGAAAUUGUCAAUUUGUUUGUGGCGUGAAAAACGCACACACAAUGUGACGUGCUUUAGAUUGAGCCAGGAUUCGUAUAUUAAAGAAUAGGUAUCAACAAGCUUAGCCUCAGCUCCAGACUGAGCUUGAGCCUGAACCUGCGCCUGAGCCUAAACGUGAGCUUGAGUCUAAAACUGAGCUUCAGCUUGAGCCUGAGCCUGAGCUUGAGCUUGAGCCUAAGCCUGAGCCUGAGCCUGAGCCUGAGCCUGAGCCUGAGCCUGAGCCUGAGCCUGAGCUUGAACCUGAGCCUGAGCCUGAGCCUGAGCCUGAGCCUGAGCCUUUGCCUGUGCCUGAGCCUAAGCCUGAGGCUGAGCCUCAACCUUACCCACAACUUCAACCUCAACCUCAGCUCCUUCAGACUUAA